AUGGAUUUUGAUGAGAAAGGCGAUGCUCGCGAAGUCACGGACCCUCCAGCCGUGAUCCAGGAAAAAGAGAUCAAUGUCGCCAACGUCGAUUUCGCAACGGCACUUGCGGAGAACCCGCCUAACCCAUGGGGUCGAGGCCACCUUGCCCUUUAUGGGUGCUGCCUCAUUGUUUAUCUAUGUUCCACCAUGAACGGAUACGAUGGCUCGCUCAUGGGCAGUAUCAACUCGGUCCCGAAAUACCUCUCUUACUACAACGUGUCGGAAAAUGAACAAGCCGGGACUGGAAUUGUAUUUGCCAUUUUCCAGGUCGGUCAAAUGACAGGAGCAUUCUUCGUUUGGUUGGCGGACUGGAAGGGCAGAAAACUCCCAAUAUUCCUAGGAUGCCUAGGAGUCAUUGUUGGCACAAUUGUCACAGCAACAGCGAAGUCGAUGUCCGUCUUCAUCGGCGGCAGGUUCCUGCUCUCUUUCUUUUGUACAUGGGCAACCACCGCUGCACCCAUGUACGUGGUGGAGAUCGCACCACCAUUGUACCGCGGCACCGUGUCAGGUCUGUACAACACUCUAUGGUACAUGGGCUCGAUUAUUGCGACAUUCGCCGUGUACGGCACGCACAUCCACUUUACCUCGAACCUCAGCUGGCGUUUACCCUUGUGGCUACAAAUGCUUUGCCCUGGGAUCGUCUGCAUGACGGUCUGGCUCAUUCCAGAAUCGCCUCGGUUCCUCGUAGCCAACGAUCGCGUGGACGAAGCGAGGCAGUUCAUCAUCAAGUACCAUGCAAAUGGAGACCCUUCCCACCCUAUCAUCAAUUUCGAGCUCAAUGAGAUCCAGGCGAACCUGAGAGACGUGCCCUUGAUAUCGUGGAGCAACUUCUUCGAUAUACGUAUCUUGGUCAAGUCUCGGUCACGGCGAUACCGCAGCAUGUUGAACUUUGCAUGGAGUUGGUUUGGCCAAUUUUCUGGCAACAAUGUUAUCUCGUACUACCUUCCUCUACUUCUCACCAACGUCGGUAUCACCGACACCAACACGGUCCUCCUGCUCAACGCAAUCUACGCGCUGACGGGAUGGAUCGCGGCGGCAACAGGUGCCCGGUUCCACGACAUCAUCGGUCGGCGAAAGAUGAUGCUCGGCUCGACCUUCGGCAUGGUCAUUUGUCUCGCCAUCACAGCCGGCACGGCAGCGGGCUACGUCAACACCGGGUCCCAGGCGUCCUCCAAGGCCAGCAUCGCCUUCAUCUACAUCUUUGGAGUCACCUUCGCCUUUGCCUACACGAGCAUGCAGCCAAUCUACCCGGCCGAGGUCAUGUCGAACGAGAUGAGAGCCAAGGGGAUGUUUCUGUUCCAGAUCACCGCCGGUCUAGCUUCCUUUGUAAACACCUUUGCUGCUCCGGUCGCUCUGAAGAAUAUCAGGUACUGGUUCUACGUCUUCUUUGUCUUCUGGGACUGCUUUGAGUUUUUGAUCAUCUACUUCUUCUUCGUGGAGACCAAGGGUAGGACUCUGGAAGAGCUGGACGAAGUCUUUGAGGCGACAAACCCGCGCAAAGCAAGUACAAAGCAGGUUCUUGUCCGACGGCGAGAAAUUGUCGACCACAAGGGCGAACGCCAUUUGUCGACAGUGGAAAUGGGUCAUUAG